GGCCCAGCCAUGAUCAAGGCCAUCCUCAUCUUCAACAACCACGGCAAGCCGCGGCUCUCCAAGUUCUACCAGCCCUACAGUGAAGAUACACAACAGCAAAUCAUCAGGGAGACAUUCCACUUGGUAUCUAAGAGAGAUGAAAAUGUUUGUAAUUUCCUUGAAGGAGGAUUAUUAAUUGGAGGAUCUGACAACAAACUAAUUUAUAGACAUUAUGCAACAUUAUAUUUUGUCUUCUGCGUGGAUUCUUCAGAAAGUGAACUUGGCAUUUUAGACUUAAUUCAAGUAUUUGUGGAAACUCUGGACAAGUGUUUUGAAAAUGUGUGUGAAUUGGAUUUAAUUUUCCAUGUAGAUAAGGUUCACAAUAUCCUUGCAGAAAUGGUGAUGGGGGGAAUGGUUUUGGAGACCAACAUGAAUGAAAUUGUCACACAAAUUGAUGCACAAAACAAACUGGAGAAAUCUGAGGCUGGCUUAGCAGGAGCUCCAGCCCGUGCUGUAUCAGCUGUAAAGAAUAUGAAUCUUCCUGAGAUCCCAAGAAAUAUUAACAUUGGUGACAUCAGUAUAAAAGUGCCAAACCUGCCCUCUUUUAAAUAAACAAUUAAAAAGGCCACUCCCAGGUAAAACUCCAGGGGGGGACAAGUCAUCUAAGUUUACCAUGCAGUUGUUUACCAAAAAUAAAGGAGAGGAGAGUCUUAACUUUUGCUCUUGGAUUUAAGUCAAGGUACUGUAUAGAAAUUGUUUAAAUCAGUAUGGAAGCUCAGUGUUCCUUUUCUUGCUCAGUAAUCUUAAAGAAAUUGAGUGGUUCUGGUGAGCUUUUCUUUUUUCUUCCUAAACUGCAUUCCUGUGUCCACCUAAGGCAUGCUUCUGUGUAUUUGCUAUUACAGUAUUUCAAAAAGUGUUUGAGACAUUUCUUUCAAUUAUGUACAACCUGAAAAUGUUUGGUGUUUUGUAUGGUUCACAGUUGAAGCAUUCCUUAUAUAUUUCUGUUAUAUGUCGCAAUUGUUUAAGAACCAAGUAUGUAUUGCAUGAAAACAUGACUUUUCUCUUAGUUGAAAUAAACUCCAAGGUAACUGGACUUCAAAAGUACCUUUCUGUUUGCCUGAUACAUACUUUAGCAAUAAUUUUUUUAUGAUCUCUGACUCAAGGUAAAUAAAAGUAUAUUUUAUCACUGUUAAA